UUUGCAGAAUUGAGCUUCAUAUGCAUAUUUCACUAUAAAUUCUUCAAUGCAGAAGUUAUUGUUGUGACUCGAGCGCCCUCCGUUGAAUUAAUUUUCCAACAGCCAGUUACGUACAACUACAAGUUCUGACGUGUACAUUGUACACAAAAUUAAUGUGCAAGCGGUAUGGUCACUGUGUACUUGCACAUGCAUUGCGUACAAUGUACAGAGCAUAAUGAUCGGAUACGCCAUGUAUGCGGAGGGCUGGAAGGUGUGUCGGUGUUUUGAAAUUGCAGCGUUCUGCUAAUGAAAUGACAUCUGGGUAACCGGUAAACUUGCCACCGCCCCGACCGUCAUGUUUUCCGUUCGCAUCGUAACGGUCAACCACUACCUGGCCCGGCCAGUCAGGGACCUGGAUGUGGCCUACUCAGACUUUCGGGGAUCAGAGGUCAAGCAGGUACCAGUCCUGCGCAUAUUUGGAGCAACACCGGCUGGCCAGAAGACGUGCCUUCACAUCCACGGCGUGUUCCCGUACAUCUACGUGGGAUGCGGUCUCCAGGAGUUCACCGCCGACAAAGACCUGCGGCUGUUUGCCACCAGUCUAGACCUGGCCCUGCAGGUGGCUACAGGGAAGGCGUCUGAGAACACGCAACAUGUCUUCAAGGUCAUCAGUGUGCAAGCAGUGCCAAUGUAUGGCUAUCACAGCAGAUCCCGUCGGUUUCUUAAGGUCUACUUCUACAACCCACUCAUGGUCAAAAGAGCUGUAGAGCUGCUUCAGAGUGGAGCCGUCAUGAACAAAGUAUUCCAACCCCAUGAGGCACACAUUCCGUUCAUUCUGCAGUUCUUCAUCGACUACAACCUGUAUGGGAUGAACCUGAUUCACCUUGCUGCUGUCAAGUUCCGUCAGGAAAAACCAGAGAAUGAUGGUGGAGAGAGGGAUAGAUCUCAGAGUGAAACCAGCUCACCAGACACUCAGCCUGUGGAUCUCAGUUCCCUGUUGAGUGGCAGCAUGCUCAGCUCUCAGAGGUGGAACCGAGAGAACAUCCCAAGUGGAUUAUUACUAGACGCUGAAAUUCAGAGGCAGAGUGUUUGUGAGCUGGAAGUCGAUGCUGUGGCAAUGGACAUCCUCAACCGUCAUGAACUGCAAGGCAACACAGAAAUGAACCCUGGCCUUCUUGCCAUCUACAACGAGGAAAGGGAAAGGAGAGAGGUCAAAGGUCAACUGGAUGACCUCCACCCUCCAUCAUCCCCAGAUCGAGGUGUCAUAGAGGACACAGAGAGCGAAUUGAAGGGCAAAGCUAGACUGGCAGACAUUAUACAGGAACGACUCGGUGAACUGAGAGCGUUGGCCGGAGGCAGCGAGGAGGACGACAGUGAUGACAGUGUUCUCCAAGAUACCCUGGCAGGAGCUUCGCUGCCAGCCAGCCAGCUCAUCUUGCAUGACUCGCAAUAUGCAGGAGAGGAUGAUUCUGUCUCCACUCCUGAGGAGGAGUCUCAGCCUGUUGUCAACGAGGAGCUUGUCCACUCAGUAGUGGAGGCUUCGCAGCACAGCAGCCAGUACUCACAGCAACCAGGUGGGGAAGACCGAGAUCUGGCCCAGCUCCUAGUGGACUUGGCCCAAGAUGGGGCCUCCCCAGAAGAUGGCAGCAUCCUCUCCAGCCAAAACACCCAAGAGGAGAGGAGACGGGCAGAGCAAGAAGACGAGGAGCAGGAGGAAGAUGAAGAUGCGCAGGAGUCCCUUGAGAUGUCCCAGGCCUGGGAUGAUGGCUGUGAGGAGGAGGGCGCAGCCGGACCAUGUACAAUUCAUGACAUAUCAGCGAGUGAGGAGGACACACAAGGUAGCCAAGAUACUGCCAUUCCUCAGUUUGACGGAGGCUCAGAUGAAAAACAAGCACCGACAAGGAAGAAGAACCUCGGUCUGAAACGCCACCUCCCAAAGGUAGCUUACAGUUUGCAUCCAAACCCACUGGGAAGCAGUUCCACAGCUCAAAGCCCAUUUCCCCCUGAGAUCAAAACCUAUGCCAAUAAGAAGCUACUCCUGACAAGUCCGGAGAAGGCUCAGGGACAUGCUGAUCUGACACCUGCUGAGACUGUCCAAAUUCAGAAAGCUGUCUUUCAGCAAGUCAGAAACCUGGAUGAUGACAAAUUGAAGCAGGGCCAUCAGAAGAGAACCAGAAUGCCCCCCACGAUAGUGAAUCGACUUGGGGCCCCUGCCAUAGAUGCCGGACCAACUGUGGCAUUGAAGGCCAGUCUUCAAACUAGGCAGGACAGCAUCUCAUUGGGUGGAGCUUCUUUGCAAGCACAGUGGUUGGCAGAGCUUGCACGGGACAAGAUGUUAAAGAUUCCGCAAGCUGUCCAGAAAAAAUCCUUAAAAGGACAUGUGGCAGAAAGUACCACUCAGUUGAAGAGUACUGCAAAUGGAUGCUCAGGGGAAAGUGUUACAGAGGAUAAAGCUCCUUUCGUAACAGAUCCCACUUCUGACACUAAUACUGCUCCCCCUCCCCGAGCAAAGUCAUCAGUGCCAGAACUACUUAAGGUGCCUUCUAGUUCAGAUGCAGUCCACUUUGAGGGAUGUAAGGAACUCAAAGGAUACUCAAAUCUGGAUGAUGUGAAGAAGGACUCCACAUGGAACCCUGUUGUCAUGCUCAUUAAGUGCCCCAUCCAGACCGACUUCAAAGGAAGAAUUGCCUUCUCGGGUACCAGCUUACCACAGCAACAACUGGAACAGAUACGGAAGGACAAUCUGAAAGCUGUCUCACAUCGUCGAAGCAGCUUUUCAAGGAGGAUUGUACCCCCAAGAAAGUUUAUGGAUGAGCAGUUCUUCAUGGACCAGAUCCAGAAAGUGUCCAAACAGAAAAAUGUACACCUUCUUAACAGCUCUCCUCAAAAGUGUGACAGUGGUCUGCCUCAAAAAAUGAAGCGUGGUCGUCCUCGAAAGCACCAUGAUGUAGUGUUGGAGACAGAAGGCAAGGUAAUGGUCAAAGAAAAACCAAAACAAGAUGGAUUUGAAAUUGCUAAUGAACCUCCAUGCUUGAUUUCACCAGCUCAACUUGCAGUAGUGGAAAACAAGCUGCAAAUGCCCAUCUUGGAGAAAAUGGCAUGUGUGAGUGAUACAUGUCCAGCUCAGCUGAAUGAAAAAAAGACAGUCACUACCAAGACAAAGGCCAUGCUGCAGGAGAAGUACUACAAAAGAUUGAUUUCCUCGGAUAAGAAGAAAAAGUUAAGUAGGAAAGCCCCACACAGCAAGCUUUACUCAAAGAGAGAUGUUAAAAGGUACAGAAUGCUCUCAAGAACUUUUAAUAAGCUCAGUUUGGCUGCUGAAGAACAUGACGAAGCAGUCACAUCUGUGAAAAGCUCAGAACCCCUACUUAGCUCAGCCCUGCAUCCUCUUGGCUCAGAAACUUGCACACUUGCUUCAUCCACCUCAGCUACUCCACCAAGUGGAAAUACUGGCAAAGUUGGACCAGUCGCCAUGCAGCCUGGUCCUGUCCUGGAAGUUGGUUCAUCUCGGGGUCAGAGCAGCAGCAGUUCGACUGCCCAUUCUGAACCUGCAGCUUCUACCCAGCAGAUCAAGAAGAGCAGUCCAGGCACCCGGAAACGGCAAGGGAGUGACAGCAGUGAUGAUUGGUCGGAGAGGCGGACCCACUACAAGCGAAAGAGCAGCCAGUUGGGGCCAAAUGAGUUUGACCCCAUGAUGUAUGGCAGAACUUAUGGCUUGCGUAAGAAAGAGAGAGUCAGCUAUGAUGAUGGCUUUCCGGAUGUCGGGUUUGACAUCAUGUGUUGGUCCGAUGAAGAGGACUCUGUAGAGGUUUACCAACAGAAUUCUGAGGGCCAGCACCAGAAGAAACAAGUGAAUUGGCAUACCAAGUCAGAAUCACCUAGAGUUGAGAAUACUCCAAAAUAUAGUGAUUCAUAUCAUCUACCUAGAGAUCAAGCAGCCGGGGAGCAGCCGUGGAGCCCUCCACGGAAAAGAGGACGACCUUUAGGAAGCAAAAACAAGUCCAAACUUACAAAAUCACAUUUCCCGCAGGCUGAAGAUGGUAAAAGUUGCCCCUCGCCCAGAUCCAAGCAGCAGUUGUCAUUCACCAUUGACUCAAUGCUAAAUAAAGGUAAAAGGCAAAGAACCAGCCUUGCUGAUCCAGUGCAGAAUACAUGUACAUCAAGCACUGGUGAAAAACACACUACUAGUCACAGGGAACCAGUAGCUAUUCCAUCUAUUCCAUCUGUCACAAGUUCAGAGCACACCACCCACAUUGAACUGAAGCAAAACGUAUUCAGUAGCAGUGCAAAGCAUAGCACCAGUCUUCUUGACCGCAUGCCCACCAUGUCUAGAUGUAGUGGAAAGCACAACACUAGCCGAGUACCAACCAUAUCAGCCAAACCAUCCAUGAUCAUUGCCACUAGUCACAGCUCGCUGAUUGGGACACCAGACUCCAGGCCCACAACCCACCAAUCUAAGACUGUUAGCCCAUUGUCCACAAGUGUUUCCACGAGUGAACAGCACCGGGCUCGGUCCAGACCCAAACCAAUUCCGACUGCUGUAAACGGGCACCGCUCCGAAGUCCAUGAUGCCACCAGUGAGCCUGCACUCUACCGGGAUGCCAUGUGGAAUCUUGGAUACUUUUCUCCCCAAAGAAAGGAAAAAGAGGGCUCGCCACCUAGGUGUUGGUCGCCAUCUGUUGAAAAGGACAGCUCAGCAAGAUCUCAACAACCUAUGGAAGAUGUUCCUGAGACAGCUCCACGCCACAGAACUUGUCAGGAACAGGAGCCAGGGAAACGAAUGAAGCUGACUGAUGAUAUGAAAGGGUCUAAGAAGAAGAAAGUGGAAGAUUCCAAGAAGGAGGGGAAGUUACAGACAUAUGAAUCGCAGGAAGGAAAUAAAACGAACUACAAGCAGCUGAUAACCUCAAACUCCAGGUCCUCUAAUGGUGGAAGAGGUCCAGAGUUUAAACAAAUGUGCAAUACUGACAAUUUGAAUGAAAUGGACUGGGCAAGAAGUAAACUUUUUGAUGGCAGGUCAGAAGAUGAGAUGGAAAAUGACCAACAUAAGACACAGGGUACUAAAAAAGAACAAACCCAAACUGUUACUACAGAUGAUGGUCAAAGUGUUGUCGAAACUCUUUGCCCUGAAAGGGUUGGUAACAGAUUUACCAUAGGUAGGAGCUCACCUCCUAUCGACGGAGCUAAGGACUCGUACAGCUCUGAAGCUGGCAGCCAAGAAAGCCCACUCUUUGAGAGGGCAAGCACAGCCAAAACUCUGGACCACUGCCCAGUCCAAACAAAGCAAGAAGUCUCUGCUGACUUGAACUCACCCAGCUCACGUGUGGCAUCAGAGGAAGCUGAUGUUGUCACAAAGGUGUCUGAAGAAUGUAAGACUCAAGUUGGUGAAGGUGUCUGUCCUCAAGAGAAAACCAUAGCUUCUAGUUCUGCAGGACUUAGUCAGGAUUUUAAAGAAGCAACUGAUGGUAUGGCGUCUGCUGUAGAGGUCAAAGGUCAUGCCAGGUCUGGAACAAAUGAUUUCAAGGAUGUGCCGGUAUCAUUAGACUCACCAAUGAACCAGACCUUAGUUCAGAAUUCAAGCGACGAAAGGACUUCUUCUGAAGGUGUCUGCCUUGAUGGUAGUACAUUGACUGUGGAGGAUACUGAUGCAUCGUCCCCUGGCCAAGAUGCCGAGAAAGCAGGAUCAUUAGAUCCUUCUUCUGGAAACUUUCCCGAGGGGUCCCAAGAUGGUAGUCACCCAGAUGAUAAUAUAACUUUCAGUGACAAUCGUGCCCAGAUAUCCCAAAGGAAACAAUUGGAUUGUCAGAAAAAGUCCUCGACUGACUCAGACAGCAAAACACCUGACCUGGAUUCAAAUUUGCCUUCAAAAAUGCCCGACCUUGGUUCUGAGACAAGUUCCAGCAUUCAAACAGAGCAUGGAUCCCCGUCUCUGGACAGAAAAGUCCAAGGUGAUGAAGGCUGUCCAAGUGAUAUGGACCUAAGUCCUAGUUCCUCUUCUGAUGACAUCACCCCUGCACAGAGGAUGUGGCAAUCUCCAAGCCGGAAUGAGGAGGAGGGGGAUGAGAGUGACGAUAUGUGUAACUUGUCACACAGCUCCAGUAGCACAGGUGCGUCGCUGUCGCUAGACAUGUCCCUGAUCAUCAGCCGUGUACCGUCCAUCUCUCCAACAAGAGAGUCUGAGGGACACCCCUUAUCAGGGUAUCAACUCAUAUCCCCAGAGGACAGUCAAGAGAAGGUUGGCCGAGAUCAGCAGAAAGCAAUACAGAAGGUACGUUCCGUGCAUGAGAUGGCAGACGAGCGCACUGAAUCAGGAGAAUUCUCCAGCACCCUUAACUUGUCUCAAGACACUUCUGGUAGAGGACGUGCAAUGAUUGGGGAGGAAGCAGGCUUAAAUCAGCAAAGAAGUUUGUUAUCAUCCAGCAGUGAGCAUAUGGAUGAUAGAAAUCCAACAUCUGCUUUGAUAUCAGGAAGCCAGACAUGUUCCCUUGGGCUCAGCAGCUCUGGUGAAUCAGGAAUGAAGGAAUCCACAGCUGCUGGUGUAAGCGAGAGUGGCCUCGUUAUUUCAGGGACAGAUCUGACAAGAGGACAGCUCCAAUCAGAUAACCACAGUGACGAUUCUGACUCAUUUUCACAGCUAGUGUGUCCAGAGACCCCUUCACCAAUAGCCAUGGAUGAUGCGUCACCGGUCAGCAUGCCUUCCCAAUUGAAACCCACUUCUUACUCAGAAUCACUGUCCCCUGCCAGGCUAAAGCCAGUGGCAAUCGAGGACAACACAAAGGCAAGCAUCUUGCCAUCACCUGGUGUCAAAAAGUUGGGAAAUGUCACCACAGAUGAUGCCUUUGAAAAGCCCCGUAACUCUACAUCUGAAGCAAAGGUGGAAUCUGCAUCGGAGACAGAUUUACCCCACUCUCCACGGAUUGGAAUAGAUACAGACUCAUCUGAGGAGGUAGAGCCGAUGGAGAUUGACACGUCUCAGGAAGAAAGCAGAGCCCUGGACUUGUCUCAUCAGAGCUCCUCACACCAGACUGGCAAAGUGCUCGAGCAGUCCCAACAUCCUGGUUACCUUGGACAUCCCCAUACUGAUCUGAGAGCUGUAGAAAAGUCCCCUGUCACUGCAAAGCCUGGACGACCACCAUCUCCCAGUGGUGAAGAUUGUGCUGUCAAGUCGGAGCGCCAUUUUCAGCUAGACACUCCCUUAGAAAGUGGUGCAGCAGAGAAUAUUGCUGUCAGUCAUGCUUUCAAGCCAAGUCAGGAGAGUUAUCCACUUGCAAUGUCUACAUGUAUCAGUAUUAAAGACCAGACACUGUUGUCUGCCUCGCACCAAGAUUCUCGCUCAUGCACAAAGGACAGACCAGAAUUCUUGGCAGUCACUUCUGUCCCCAGUCAGCAGUCUGAAUCAGUACACCAGCAAACCUGUAGCACCCAUCUGGCAAAAGAUGAUGCAAAGGCAGUCCGAAACCAGACCUCUCUUGGUAGUGCUGGCGACUCCCAAACAGCCCCAGUCUGCCAAAAACCUCCAGUUGCGUCCUCUUUACAAUGCCCUGAUUCCAGGGAGAGUCAAACUCGGCACACUUCCCCUGCAGUUGCAAUGUCACGCCCGACAACAUCGCCAGAGACGCAAAGCAAAAUAUGGACUCCAGCACAGUCCCCACCCAGUGCAGAAAUGGUACGGGCUUCACUGCUAGAAUUUGGCCUACCUCAGCUGUACCAUCAAAGGGCAUUUUGUAGAAACCCUGAUGACGUUCACCAUCCCAGUAAACCUGGUGUACAUGACGAUGGUCACGUACAGAGCAAUCUCCCAUCCCGCCUCCCUGAGGCAGAGAGUCAACUCACCCAGACAGGUCUUGGCCAAUGGCGAGCCAACCUGAUGGCCCUGGACCCGCACCCCUUGCUGUCACCCAGCAUCACGGCCCCUGAACCAGCACUGCGAGCCGCCCUGAUCGGGGAUGGGGAGGCUGUGAUCACACCCUGCCGUGUGCCCCCGAGUCGCACCCAAGUCCAGAGCUGGCUGCAGGAGAAGGACAAGAAUGGCCCUCUGGAGAGGAGAGGCGACAACAAGGAAACGGAGGGGGAGGGCUGUGCUGAAAAACAAGAAAGUAGGUCCCAUCCUGCCCCUCAUCUCCUGGCUUCAAAACACCCAAGUCAAGUUUUAUCCGAAGGGCUCUCACAUUCUACUCAGAAUAACUCACACAGUGUAAUGGCUAGCCCACAGACUGAUCUCCAAUCCAAAGACAGGACAGCAGCCUCCCAGCUACAUACACCAAGGGUUACUUUACCCCACUGGGAAAUGAACUGCCCGCCGCUGCCUUCUAAAUCUAUCUCCACGCCACUGCGAGUCACACCGUUUUCAAGCCCCACCCUGUGGAGCAAGAGCAGCUCCCAGCCCCCUGGCAGCACACCACCGACCGAACCAUUUGCCAGGAGGGGAAACAACAGCCAACUUCAGCACAGCACACCACUGAGAAUUGACACUGGGGCGGGGGAGGUCAAACUACCAGUCACCCCUAUCAGUGGAUGGAAGCGACCCAUGCAACCAUCUUCAGCAGGUGGAUCCAGGCAGCGGCAUCCGUCAUCAUCCAGCAUGAGACAGACUCUCCUCUUCACUCCAAAAGAGGUACAUAGCUCUGGAAUUGGAAAGCCAGCUGGGGAGAUGUCUCAAAUUGAAGGAGCCACGCCAAGUAAUACCUGUGGCUUCAAGAUGCCACAGCUGAAUAUGCAGGAUGCCAAAACAAUGCAUGAGGUUCAGCAUCUCACCAUCAUGAGCCUGGAGCUUCACGUGAGGACCCGACGGGACUAUCUCCCGGACCCCGAAUCUGAUCCUAUCCGGGCCUUGUUUUACAGCAUCAAACACGACACACCAUCGCAAGGCAGCGCAAGCUGCAGCCAGCAAGAUGAUGCCCUCAUUCACAGUGUCAUAAUCGUUGAUGACAGUAACCAUGGCAACGCAGGUCCAUCUACCUCAUCCCAUCCACAGGACUCUCUCGCCCACGCGGGCAUCAGCAACAUCCGCGUCACGUCAGUUGCCUCGGAGACUGACCUCCUGGAUGAGAUCUUGGCUAUUGUUAGAACGCAUGACCCAGACAUCUUGGUCGGCUACGAAAUACAGCAGCAUUCCUGGGGAUUCUUGCUUGAGCGAGCUGCGUUCCUAGACAUGGACCUCUGCACAAAGAUCUCAAGGUUGCCAGAAUUCAAAAAAGAGAGCAGCUUUUCAGCAGAGCGUGACGCAUAUGGAGCUGACCACCAAUCAGAAAUCAACAUCGCUGGCCGCAUCACAUUAAACCUCUGGCGCCUCAUGCGGCAUGAGGUGGCACUGACUAACUACUCAUUUGAGAAUGUGGCGUUUCAUGUCCUACAUCAGCGCGUUCCCCUCUUCACCUACCGCAAACUGUCGGACUGGUUUGACCACAGAAACCCACAACUGUUCAGGUGGCGAGUGAUUGAGUACUACUCGGUCCGUGUCCGUGGGUCGCUCAAACUCCUCCAGCAGCUAGACCUGAUUGGACGGACCAGUGAGCUGGCCAGGGUCUUUGGUUUCCAGUUCUACUCUGUACUGUCCCGAGGCUCGCAGUUCCGUGUUGAGUCAAUGAUGCUGAGGACCGCAAAGCCACAGAACUAUGUUGCCCUGUCCCCCAGUGUCCAGCAGCGGUCAAGAAUGAAGGCCCCCGAGUGUAUUCCUUUGGUCAUGGAGCCCGAGUCCAGAUUCUACCAGGACCCUGUCAUCGUGCUGGAUUUCCAGUCCCUCUACCCGACCGUGAUGAUUGCCUACAACUACUGCUACUCGACUUGCCUCGGACGCUUGGAGCACAUUGCCAAUGGUGGGGAGUAUGUCCUUGGAUGUGGCUCCCUGUCUGUCACCACCUCCCAACUCAAGAAGCUCCUCCAGUCUGACAGCCUGAACAUCUCCCCUAACGGUGUUGUGUUUGUCAAGCCCAGUGUGCGCCGCGGUGUGUUGCCCACGAUGCUGGAGCAAAUCCUCAAGCUUCGUGUCAUCGUCAAGAAGGCUCUCAAAGACUUCAAAGAUGACAAGUCAUUACAUCGCAUGUUAGACAACCGCCAAUUAGCCCUCAAGCUGAUUGCUAACGUCACCUAUGGCUACACAUCGGCCAACUUCUCCGGUCGCAUGCCUUGCAUCGAGGUCGGGGACAGUGUGGUUAGGAAGAGUCGAGAGACGCUGGAGAGAGCCAUCCAUAUGGUAGAGACCACAAAGAAAUGGGGAGCUAGGGUGGUUUAUGGCGAUACGGACAGUAUGUUUGUGCUGGUGGAAGGAGCAAGCAAGGAGCGUGCCUUUGAAGUCGGAAGAGAAAUCCGAGAUGCUGUCACCGCAGCCAACCCUAAGCCGGUCAAACUCAAGCUGGAAAAGGUUUAUCACCCUUGUGUUCUGCAAUCCAAGAAGCGCUAUGUUGGCUACAGCUACGAGUCGCCUGACCAGGUGGAGCCGGACUUUGACGCCAAGGGCAUCGAGACAGUGCGCAGGGACUCCUGCCCUGCAGUCGGCAAGAUUCUAGAGAAGGCCCUGAAGAUUCUCUUCACCACGCGGGACGUGUCGCAGAUCAAGCAGUAUGUCCAGCGACAGUUCCAAAAGAUCCUAGACGGACAGGCCAGCCUGCAGGACCUGAUCUUUGCCAAGGAGUACCGGGGCCGACACACCUACCGGCCUGGAGCGUGCGUGCCAGCCCUGGAAAUCAGCAGGCGGCUCCUUUCAGUGGAUCGCCGAGCUGAGCCUCGCGUUGGUCAACGUGUCCCCUACGUCAUCGUACAUGGAAGCCCAGGCUUGCCCCUAAUCCAGCUUGUACGCACCCCCAACCAAGUCUUACAGGAUCCUGGCCUGCGGCUGAAUACCACCUACUACCUGACACGCCAGCUGGUACCCACCCUCAACCGGGUCUUCUGUCUGCUAGGGGUGGACACCAUGCAGUGGUACCAGGAGCUGCCCAGGUGGCAUAGGGUCAGCGUGCACCACCAGCCGGGGACACCGGGGAAGAAGGGCACCAUCUCACAGUACUUUGCUAGCCUCAACUGCGUGGUCUGCGAGAAGGUAACCAAGGAGACCCUGUGCAGCGACUGCAAGGCCAAAGGUCAGGUCACGGCUACCGCCCUCAUGAGUCAGGUGCAACAGUGGCAGUUGGUCCAGCAGGGCAUGGCCAAGAUUUGCGCCAGCUGCUGCAACUUCAGAGACCAAGACUCGGCCAGCUGUGUCUCCCUGGACUGCCCGAUCAUGUUCAAGACCAACAAGCUGGCCAGACAGCUUGGCCAGGCUACAAACUACCAGCAGCUCUUAGACAGCCUGUGAGGAUUUGUCAACUUCUUUGGGAUUUGGCUUGGUCUGGAGUUACUGUCCAAUCAGGUGUGUUCUACCAGAAGAGCUUUUACUGCCCUGGCUUGUACAGGAGGGCUACUAGGAUUGGUUUGUCGAGAGAAGAUAUCACGUAAUAUAGAGACUUUUAUCCAAUCAGACACAUUUAUUAUUCUCAUUUAGGGAUCAUGUACAUACUAAACUGACCUGCCAUAUGCAAAAGAAAGGAGCGUUUCUCUUCUAGGAGACAAGUACUAAUAUGAUUUUUGACCAAUCAGUGUGAGUAUUCCUGAAGUAUCAGGGGCACAUCUCUCACCCGUAAUAGUGUCUGCAAGACUCCUUCUAGUUGGUUAAUGAUGUGCGAGCGGAAGUCAUGUACAUAACGUUAGGUUUGCAGUAGAGCCAAUCUCAUUUAGGUAAUUCUAGAAAUUAGGGGUCCAAAAGUGUGACAUUUUUGUGUCCCAUAUGACCUUUGUUAUUUGACAUGGAAAUAUCACCGGAAUUGAUUUCAAACUAUUACUAUUUGUUUGGCAGGUAAUUUGCAUUAAUUCACCACUGUUGGAAAUUAGAAAGUCUGUUCUGAACUUUGCAUGUAACAGGGACACGAAAAACCUGGACCCCUUAUUUCUGGAAUUACAUGUUUGCUCUCCAAAUGGCUGUGACAAACCAGAAAUUACAUACAUUAACUUUUUGUCUAGUAUGUAAACGGAAACAAUUGUGGGAGAUCGUGUUGAUCCCAGGAAGUUUUUCCAGACAAGAAAUUUCCACUUGUAGCAAUGAAUUUCAAAACUAACUGUAUUGUGAAUACAAAGGUGUGUGGUUUUUGUAAAAAAGAAUUUGGAGCACAGUAUGCAAGAAUAACACUCAUUUCGGGCAACUGUGACUGAUUUUAUGUACAGAAUAAAAUUGUUUGAGGUAUGCAUUUUUCAUAUCCAAAUAGUGCCUACACCUUUGAAAUGCAAACUUUUUCCAAGUAUUUUCAUGAAGUUUUUGAUUGCCCGGUGCUUUGAUUUUUGUGAUCCACAAUUCUAAUUGGGGGAAGAGUUAUUCAAGAACACGCUGAUGAAUUUUCCCUAUUUAUACAGAGUCUACGCAAGUUCCUAAUGAGUACUAGCUUCAGGUAGGUCUAGAGCAGAAUUGUCUGUUUGAAAAAGGUUGAAAUUCAAGCUGAGAGAUGGAAAACAAUAUGCCUUUAACGCAUUAUUUAUUUACCUAUGCUUUCAGACAAUCAGUGUUCUUAAUUUAGAACAAAUAGUUUAGAGAGACUUUUGAAGGACAUGCUCAUUUUAUGAAUGUUUAAACAGGACCAAAUCUUGUGUGUGGAAAUGUUAACAUUUAACAACUUUGCCAUGUUUGUGAACUUUCACUUUGUUCUUGUACAGAGAAUUCCUGACGGUAAGUCGGUCGCAUACACAUUCCAAGAGUUCGCCCAACUUUAGAAGUGAUCAAAGUGAGCUCUUCUUACAAAUAAGAAAUGGCAAAACAUAAAAAAAAAUAGACAUAAUUUAAAAACACCAGGGAAAGCACAGUGUCGGCAUUGUAGUUACCAUAAUUAAGAAAUUAUAGCGCUCAUUAAAUGCUUACGUAUACCCUGUACUCAUUGCCAAAUCUGCAUGCAUUGUUCACAUGGUGCUGCGUAAUUGGACAAAUUCUGUUUUGUUAUUUGCAUGUACCUGUAGGUAGAAUCAUGAACGGCUGUAAAUUUAUUUGUUUACUCUGACAUUUUAUGCCUGUCCUAGUAUCAUCAGUGGCAAGCCGUGUCCUCCUUCACGGCCAUUUUGCUGUUUGCAGCUGCGGCUAACUCACUCUGGUGGGUCAGUGGCAAGAAUCGUAGCCACUCUAAAUCGUCUGUGUACCGGUACACAUCUAUGCCCAGCAGCAAACAUUGUACAGUACAUGUACGCGGACGCACUGGUAUCACAUGUAUGUGAACAGAUACAAAAGACACAGAAGCUCACUGAGGGCAGCUUGUAUGAGUUUGACGGGGUUAGAUAAGUGUGUGCCAACCUUGCCAUCUUUGUGUAGACCUGAGAACAUAACGGGAGUUCAUUAUGGAGGUUACACAAACCUCGUGUGGACCAAGGCAGGUCCCCGCACGGUUUUCUCCUCCCUGAAGAAACGGGUUCAGAGACAUUUUUGGAGUCGCGGGUAUUGUACCGAUAGCAAAAGAACAGUAAAGGAAACCAUCAAAAAUCCAGCUUGAAAGAUUUUUUGCACUUUAAGAAAAAUAAGUAAUUCCACUGAGUUUUCUCAAAGUACACAGAAAGAAAGGAAUACCUGUAAGCAUGUGCACAUGCUGUGAGUGGAUGCUGUCCUAGCAGCAACCAUGAUGGCACUGCAUAACCAGAAUAUCUGUGAACUGUCGUUUGCUUGACACUCAUGUCAAUGAGACCUCGACAGAUGACAGACCAAAUCAAACACGGUGUUAGAUUAUGGUAACAAACUGGCAAAGGGCGUACUAUCUAUGCACUCAGUUUUUUGUUUGGUUUUGGAAUGUUUGUCUCGUGAUAGCAUAGAUUUAACCUUGUCCUUGUACAGUGGUUCCGGCUGCCUGAUAUCACUUUGUGUUUCAGGGGCUGUUACCCAGCCGACGUGUUGGAUUCAGUCUUGUUAGUCAUUGUAAGUGUGGUUCACACUCCACCAUCCUGACCACAGACAUGUACAUGCCGUACAUGUAGUUGUAAUCUACACAUUGUUUUCUUUGACGGUUUGUGUGUGUAGUACAGUAAUCAUAGGCCGUGUCCAAAACGGGCUUCUAGAGCUACGGCUAGGGUAUUGUCUGCGCGUCUCCAUGCAUUUCCAAUGGAGUGAAUACCAAGACCUAGCUUCUAGACAAGAGAUUCGGAUGCAGCCAUAUUGUAUUUGUAACAGAUUACAAAUUAUAUAUUUCUAUCUUCCUUGGGUGAUGGUUGUGAUGUGUAAAACGUAUUGUAUAUUUAUAAAGUCAUGUUUCACCAGAUUUCUUUUUUCCUUCGUUUAUGUCCGACAUGCGAGACUAUCAGGUUCUCCAUAUAAAAGCCACAGUAAUUAAUUGACAUUGUACCGUAUUUUGGAAGGAAAAAAGCCCUAAUGUGAUGUUUUGUAUUGAUGUGGAUAUUUUACAAUGUGGGGGAAAAGUUUAGAUUUGUAAUUGAAAAGUUCUUAUGUAUAAUACGAAAAUUAUUGAGACCAUUCUGUGACAAGAAAGGUCACAUUUAUGUGCCAAAAAAGCCAAGACUGAAAGCAUAACCACCUUUCAGGAGAGAUUCUAACUGUGUUUAAGAAGGACCAGUGUGUGACCGUGCCUUCCUACUCUUUUGGGCUACUGUAGUGAAGAACAUGUCGCUUAUGGUGUGUUCAUUGAUUUGUGCACGUGCCUGGUAGAUUACAUAGCGACAUUUUCAUCGGAAUGUGCACAGUAGCGCCUUCGCAUUGGGCCACGGCACUGUAGCAGGGAGAUUCAGGUGUCUGUGAUACUUGCCUGUGGAGGGGAGGUCAUUUGAUAAAGUCCAAGGCAUGGCUGAUACAGUUAGUAAACUUAAGUUAGACCAUGUUCUUGUGUGAAAAAACACAGUGCCUUAAAAAGAUAUCGGGUACGAGAGGGGUUGCAGAAUUUAACAAGUCCACAUGUAGCUGACUCGUGCCAAUACAGGAAUUUUAUGGUCAGGUGUUGAGACAUGUGGCUUUAUACACUUGUGGCCAUGGCAUGGCUUGGACCCAGACAUGGUGUAAACCCCCCCCCCUGUAAGGUUUUAAAAAAGUGACAUUAAUUAAUCACCCCUGUUGAUAUUCUGUGUAGAUUUCCUUCCCGAAUAAGUCAUUUUACCAUAAAGCCUUCAAAAGGAUGACAAUGCACAGAAACUGAAACAUGUAGAUAGCAUAUAUCAACUGGUUUAUAUUUUAUGUCACAUAAGUAUGAAUUCAAGUGGGAGUGAAAUUUGCAUUGCAUUUUUAAAAAGCUUUUAAUCAUAUCUUGGUGUUUUUGGGUCCAGGGAUUUUGUUAAGUAUUGAGGCACUAGACAUUUAUCAUUCUGACACUUUGCAGUAGUUAUUCAAAUGUAAAAUAUAUGUAUUUGGUUACAAGCUUUUUUUUCUCUGAUAUCUGAAAUUUUUCAAGUGCCAACGUGACAUGGCACCUGAAAUCACAGUUAUGCAAAGGACAAGGAACCUGUUUGAUCAGCUUCAGCAAAUUUUUAUAAUUAUGCGUAUUUCUCAUUCCUGACACCACAUCUAUGCACUCUUAGAGGCACAUGGUUUUGCAUGAUUCCAGUAAAAGUUAAUGUUUCUCUCUGUUGCAUUUUCAUUUUUUUGUUUAAUCGAAGGUGCGUGUCAGUUUCUGAGAUGCUGGUCGCCUGACACUGUUGCUUGCGUUCUUUGCAGAAACUAGCCAAAUAAUACUUACCGUUACAUCAGAAAAGGCAGCUUAUUGGAACGUGAAAUUCAUGACAGCUCAGAGUAGAUUUGAUCAAACAGCAUCUCAGUUUCUAUGUUUAAUUUCAAUUGUCAUUGAAUGUUGUGAUUGCACAUGGGUCUUUGUUUAGUUUGUUAAUCAAGAAAUAAAAUAUCACUUUGAUCUGAAGUGGUAAAGAUUGCUUUGAUCUGAACCGGA